AGAGACUGUCAGUCCAAUCUUGUGCCUGAAAACAUUGAUCCAAGUCAAAUAUUAUCACCAUCCAAGCGCAAGGCAUAUGAACGCCGAAUUGAACGACUGAGAGUGACCACAUCGCCUAUUGCCCGCCCUCGCAGUCACACGCCCAUCAGUGUUGUAACACUUGAUGAAUAUGCAACAAUUAGUUCCCCUGAGGCUUCACCGGCUCCACCUUCCGCCAUUCCUGACAAACUCAAAAUAACACUUCCAUGUGAUGAGUUCACACUUAAGCCAAAGACUCCAAAGCUUCAAAGUGCACGACGUAAAGACUCGGAUGAGACUUGUUUUGAGUUUGCUGAAGACAUUCUUUUUAGCCGCACCAAAUCGGCAUUGGUUGUCAAUGAAGAUGGCCAAAUUCCAGUGUCACCUCGUAGGGUUCUAAUUCCACCAACCAUUACACCUACCACUUCACCCAAGCUUUCAGCAGGCCCCAGAUUAUCUGCCAACUCACCCUAUGAAGAAUGUUCCAAUGCACCAAAGCUUCUUUAUAUACAACAAAAUGAAACUGCUCACAGCUUCUUUGGUGAAACGGUAGAUGAGACCGAAGAAGAAAAUUGGGCCAGUUUCCCUGACAGUUCA